AUGUUGAGAACUGUCGUCCUUGCCUGUGUAUUGGCUCUUGUUGUCGCACAGGAAGAUGUCCUCCUCGAGAAACCAAAGGCACCCUUGAACUCGGCCAAGAUCCUCGCUUCCAAGACCCCUUUGAGUCAGUAUGCCAUUGAGAACAUGGAGUUUGUUUUGGAGUACUUCUUAGUCAACAUUGGAGACAAGCCAGCCACCAAGGUUCGUCUUGAUGACCGAAAGGCAUUCCCAACUCAGGACUACGAGCUUGUCAAGGGACUGCUUCAGGUAAGAGAUUUUUUAUAAUGCACUUGUUUUUUAGAUGUAUAAUUGAAGGAAAAUGAUGGUUAGAGUAAAUAAAACGUGAUGCGGUUAUUUUUACAGGUUCACUGGGACAGUCUUGCUCCAGGAGAGAAUGUGACCCACUCUGUUGUCGUCAAGCCCCGCCGAUUUGGCCUCUUCAACCACACCUCAGCUGUCAUCUCUUACUACCCAACUGAGGACGCCAAGGAAGCCCGUAUUGGAUACUCUACCGCCCCAGGAGAAGGCACCAUCUACUCUCAGCGCUCAUACGAACGCCGUUUCGGAGAACGUUGGAGUUCCUGGCUUCUCUUCGCCCUCUUGAUCAUCCCCUUCACUGCUCUCCCAUACUACUUCUGGGUCAGCUUCAGAAACCAUUACCCAGAGAGCAACGUCAGCCAAGAAGUCGAGUCCAAGAAGAAGGCCAAAUAA